UCAAAAUCCAAAACAAAUUUGUAUAUCACUGAUCUCGUAGACCGAAUUUUGUCCAAUUUAUGUGUGUUACGAGCCACGAAUCGCCCUCGAAUGGAGCUUAAACCGUGCCCGGCGGACACGUGCCGAACGUGCGGCCAGAGUGCACUGGAACCGCGGUCCAUCUUUGGCUUUUUCGAGGGCCGAAUCAUUGCGACCAUCAUCACUGAGUGCACCGCCGUACAGAUUUUCGAAGAUGACGAGCUUCCACAGCAAAUUUGCGAUGAUUGUUUCAAGGAGUUAAAUAAUUUUGUCAAAUUUAUUCAAAAGACUAGAGACGCCGAUCGAUCACUGAGGGAAUUGUACAAGAAACCUGUUGUAAAGGUGGAAGACGUUGAAGUCACUGAGGACUUAAAGCCGGGAACCUUUUUGAAGGUUGAAAUAGAAGACUAUCACGAAGAUGCGGUCUUUUCGGACGCUUCUUCCGGUUUGGACUACGAAGAUAAAUCGCUGGAUUCACCGAAGCCGAAGCGACGAGGUCGAAAACCCAAAGUUAAGCAACAAGAAAGCGAUGAAGAACCUCUGGCGAAGCGACGAGGUCGCAAGCGAAAACCCAAGUCAGAGUCAGAGUCGGAAAGCGAUUCUAGCAGCAGUUCGGAGUAUUCCAACGAAGAAGAUUCAGACUCGGAGGAAGAUGAUGAGGAUAAACCGUUGCGACCUAAAGAAAAGGGUAAACGAGGCAGGAAAAAGAUGCCGAGGCCACCACCUCCGCCAGACGAGAUGGACGAGAUGGAAAUGGAGGUGUUCAUAGUUGUACCCGUCACUCCGGAUGAGUUCCUUUGCUGCAAGUGCUUCAAACUCUUCACCACCCUACCCGAGCUGGAAAGCCACGGCAAGACUCACGCGAGCUGUCUCAAGCCAGACAACGGCAAGAAGAGUAACUUCUGCAAGAUCUGCUAUCGAAGAUACUCAACCGUCCGAGCCGUCAAAAGCCAUCGAACCAACAUCCAAGAGCUGAAUCGAGUCUUUGAGUGCAAAAUCUGCCAGUUCCGGUGCGCUCAACCAAUGCGUCGGAAAACCCACGCCCACAACCACAAAAAGGUCCCAAUCGUCCCCGAAGAGCUCAAAAAAGAACUCGGUGUGCUGUGUUGCGCCAAAAACUGCGAAAAAUCCUUCCCAACCCAGGAAGCCCUCCUCGAGCACGGUCAAACCGACCACAAGCACAACAAAAUCGAAGCCAACCUCGGUCUCUGUAACAUCGAUCGACCCUUCCAGUGCCAGGUCUGCUUCAGCUGCUUCUACUCCGAGAGCGGACUCGAGAAGCACGGCGUCCGGAAGUACCGCCCUAAGCGCCAUCAGUGCGCCAUCUGCGGGGAAAAGUUCGCCUUCCCCGCCGAUCUGGAACUGCACGAGCGCAUCCACCGGAACGAGCGCAACUUCCCGUGCGACAUCUGUCCGAAGAAGUUCUACACGGAAACGCAGCUCAAGCAGCACCUAAGGCGGCACGCUAAAAAGUGGAACUUUGUGUGUAAUUUGUGCGGGAAGGCGUUCAAGCAAAAGGCGGCCCUGCAGGCGCACAUGUUGGCCCAUGAAGGGAAGUUGCCGUUUGUUUGUGAGGUGUGCAAUAAGGCGUUCCGGGUGAAGACCAAGAUGGUUUAUCAUAUGAGGACGCAUACUGGGGAGCGGCCGUAUCCGUGCAGACAUUGCGAUUCCGCCUUCGCCGACCACACCAACCGGAUGCGCCACGAGUUGAUACACUUCAAGGAGAAGAACCGAUUGCCCCCACCGCGGGAGUAGAGUUUGUUUUAUGUUUUUUUGACCAGAGAAAAUGCAUUUCUACAGAGAGCAAUCUCAUCAUCCAGUGUGUCAGUAUGUAUCAAAGUUUCGUGAACGUUUGAGUUUAAAGUAUAAUAGUAUAGCAGAACGGAUAAAUAAAAUGAGAAUG